AGCAGAGAAUUUUUUGGUGAUAAUCAACGUGAUAAUGGUGAUGUGUGAUGUAACCAAUUUUGGCGGCAAAAAUGUGAUUUAGCUGAUUUAGCUCUUUUUAUAAACACAUAUUUUAAAAUUUUUUAAAUUUUCAUGAUGACAUAUGUAAGCUGUACAAUUUUGUGAUUAGCUGCAAUCAAUCAAUUUCAAGUGCCAAUGCAUGCUUGUGUUUUUCACCGCCAGGUGGUGUAAUGAUACCUUCUAGUGCUGCCCCUAGCAGUGCAUGUUGUAAGUAAGCUCCCUCUUCGUAGUUCGUUCGUCUCUGACAGACUGACAGCUUCGUACGCCGUGUUUCUGAAUAUUUUCUUGAUUCCCAUCGUCGAAUUGUAUAUUCCGUUGAAUUUACGUGUUGCCACGAGUUUUUGGUGCGAUCGUCAAACCUCCGGCGCCGUCCGUGCCGCUUUGUUUUGCCUCAUGAGGCAGUUUGAUUCGAGAAAAACAAGUGUUACCACAAAUCAGAAUAAAAAGAAACUGUUGAAGUCUCUCGUUAAACAGCAAGCACAGGAGCGUGAAAAUUUUGCUUUUGCACCAUCGAUUAAAUUGUGGACCACAUAAAGAGUAAAAACUUCUGCCGUCGUCAUUGUUGAAAUCUCGCAUUCGUUGGAAAAACAAGUGGACAGAAUCAACAGAAAAUGGGGGGGACAAAAUACUCUCGUGGUAGAAAUGCAUCAUCGAGGACUGAGAAAAAAUACUCUAGCAAACAUAUGCUAAAAGCUGUCUUGUUGGUGGUUAGAGACAAAAAAACUCAAGCAGAAGCUGUUCGUGGCAUCUUUCAGAAGUAUGGAGUAAAAAUUCCUCCAAAAACACUAAGUAAUCAUGUACUGAGGUACAAGAAAAAGGGAGGCAAACUUCCUGGAUCAGGGAGGCCCAGAGGACCGUCACCAAAACUACCACCAGAAGUCGAAACGAAGUUUUACGAGAAGGGUGGCGGAACCAUGUCACAUGAAGACAAGUGCGAUCUGCUUAAGCCGAUCUGGGAGAAUUACAAAAGAUGCCAUUAUCUAAAUACUGAGUGGCCUUUUGGAGAGGGUUGUAUGCCGACCAGUGGUUAUUUCCAAAAAUUAAAGAAACGUCAGGAGAGCAAGCUAGCCCGCUCAAAAGCUGCCAAUUCAAAACGCGGCGUCUGCUUUGGUCACCUCUUCCUCAAAUGAUGAUCAACAGUUUGAGCACGGCAACUCACAAAUCUCGGAAACCGAUGAUCCUCAACAAGCAAAUCCACUCGAUCAAUCUGAUUCUCAGGAGAAUCCAGCCAGCCCGAUGGAAGCUGACCCGUUUUCCCAAUCUGAUUGCGGCUCGGUCAAUGACCUUCCUGCAAAUAUUGAUCAAUACGCGGUCUCCAGAUGCAUAACAAACAAAAUUGCACAAAGUCCGGCACAUAAGGUUUUUGAUACUGAGAAUGAGCCAAGUUGUCCUCAUCAGACAGAAGUUCAGCAGCAACUACUACGGCCGAUUUUGGACAACAUUCGAAAGUACUCUAUAGAUGCUCGAUCAAAUGCUGAGUCUGAUGAGAUUUUGUCAAAACUCGACAACGGAGAGUACGGCCCAGACCCGCGGCACUUCACAGAUGAUGUCCAUGACUUGUUCAAAAAUGCUUUGUCAAAAAAGAAGGGGAAAGCCAAAUCGGAUUUGACAAAAUUCUAUGAAACGGUUAAAAAGGAUAUGGACAUGGCAAUGAAAAAACUUGGCUAUUGCUGUGGGCGAAAGUAUGAGAUUCCUAAAAUAAUUGAUGAGUUUAUCAAAUGCUCGGAAUGUGGCCACAAACAGCACCCGAUUUGUGAGCUGUACGUGGAGGAAAUUAUCCCACAUGGGUUCACAUGCAGCUUCUGUCUUCUGAAGAAUGGUGUACAGCGCACUGUGCUCAGAGUGAAAGACGUUUUUCCCAAAAGCAAAGAUUGGUGCAGACGUACGGAGCAGCGAGUAAGCAAUUUACUCACUGAAGAAAAUCGUGAAGCCGCCAAAGUGCGAAUAAUAGAGUUGUCAAGCCCUGACAAAAGCUGUCUGGUUUCGCCUGAAAUGAAAGAAAGGUACAAAGGAAAAUUUCCGGAUUCGUUUCCCUUCACACAGAAGGUGAUCGUAGCAUUCUUGGAGACUGAAGAGGCCGACGUGCUUUUCUUCUGCAUGUAUGUGCAGGAGUACGGCUCUGAAUGUCCGGAACCCAACCGCAACAAGGCGUACAUAUCCUACUUGGACACGGUUCAAUUCUCAGAACUUGGAAACUUGAGAACUCGCUUCUACCACAUAAUAUUGAAUGGACAAGCUGAAGACGCGGAAAAGAGGGGCGUCGAGCAAAUACACUUGUGGUCUUGUCCCCCAAUUGAGGGUGUUGAUUACAUUUUCAACAAGCAUCCUCCUCAGCAACGGGUCCUCCCGCAGAAAAAGCUCGAGGAAUGGUAUAAGAAGCGUUACCCAGGACUGAAGAAUGUCUGUGAGGAAAUACAGGAAAGGAAGAUCAGCUCGCCUACUCAGUUGCCCUAUUUUGACGGCCAUGGUUUUCCAAUCUUGAUGGAGGAUAUUUUAUCCAAAGACAAAGAGAUUAAGUCUGGUGGCAGCCGCAGUAAACGACAGAAAUUGCAACCAAGCAACAAUGAGCAACUAUGGCUAAAGAUUGUUAGCGCAGUGAGGAAAAAGAAAUUUCUUGUUUUGGAUCUGACCCCCAUACCAGAAGCCGAGAUUGUGCAGCCAAUCAAAGAACCACCGGAACUUUUAUUGUAUUCUGGUAUGAUGGCCGAUCGGGAAGGUUUCCUGGGUUUCUGCAUCGACAGAAAUCUUCGGUUCUCCUCCUUGCCAGAAGCCAGAUUCGCAACAUGGGUUAUUCUACGCGAAGAAGUGCUUUUAAGAAAUAAGAAAACUAGUGAUGUUUAAAAUCUAGUUCUCUGAACAUUUUAUCAAAGUGCACAAACAUUUGUAGUUCUCAUAAUAUGCAAUUGUAGAAUGAAAGAAAGAGAAUUAUCAAUAUAUCAGAUAAUGUUUUUUUGCAAUCCGGACUCCAGUGUUGUCCCAACUCUUGGACCACCUCUGUGUGGCUGGCUGGACCUGUCAUCUUUGUUCAAAUUGCAACACCAACUUGUUCGUAGUCAAGGUUGAAAGUGAAAUAUCUUUUGUUAUAAAUUCACGCAAUUGUGCCAAUGCAUAUUUAUAAUCUUGUUACGUGUCACUUAUUUUGUUAAGCAUUAUUUACAUGUUAAAAUUUAUUGUUUCUGAUAACUUUAUAUUGAUAUUUUACUUCUUGCCUCAUUCUUAAAUUGCUUGUGCGCGCCGUUGAAAUGGGCUAAAAAAUAAAAUAAAUCUAGAGACGAAAUUGGACAAUAUAGAUAAUUUGAUUGUCUUCUUAAAAUUAUGGUUUUAUAACUCAAAACUUGUAAUACACAAUUGUGUAUUUUGGAUUUUUGCGGCCUCUCUUAAGCCAGUCUUAUAAGCAUAGUUUUUGCUCAUUGCAAAUCGACAGCGGCCGAGGUGAUUUCAUUUGUCCACGGCAGCAAGUCCAGCCAUUUGUGAGCAAUGUCGUCAAUAAGACUGGCCAACAGUGCGCGUAAAUAGAAUCGACCACCGCGUCCAACGAACAAAUACAAUUGUUGCGUCCAAUUAACUAAAACAAAACAUUUUUGCACUUUUAUACCUGUUCAUAUUUAGAAAAUCAGAUUUUUUAACUAAAAUGUCCGCAUUAUUGCCCCAAUUGCUCUUUCAGAAAUUUAUAUUUAAUAAAUUCUUUAACAAAAUAUUUCGGGAUUAAAAAAAAAACGGAACAAAAUUUAUGCUGAGAACAAAAGACGCGGCAAAUAGUAGCUAUGUAAA